AUGGAUGAGUCUGUAAUUCUAGAGGCGGAGGAUGAUGAUGCAGGAAUUGCUUGCCGUGUCGUGGUGUUCUGUGCCUCUGAGCUUGAAUUCGUUUUGAACUUGUUGGCUAUUUGCAGAGAGUACGCUACUCAAAAAAGCCUUCUCCAUCCCGGCAAGCUUGAAUUCGUUUUGAACUUGUUGGCUAUUGCAGAGAGUACGCUAAUCAAAAAGCCUUCUCCAUCCCGGCAGUGGCAUGUUGUUUUGUUCGAAGAUGCCGUGCAUCAGAGCCUGAUUUUAUGCUAUAAGUAA